AUGUAUACAUAUUGGAAAACCAAUUGGAACCGUCUUCUGACUCCACAGAUCCUUUUUGAUGCUGGUGAAAAUAUGAACACAAUUGAUGAAACUACUAUUUUACCAACGAAAACAAUCACAUCAUCUAUAAAUAAAGAUAAAGUUUGUCAAACAUGGCAACCAUGUUGUUUCAUAUGUCUUUCUAUAGAAACUACUUAUAAUCUACGUGUACUUUUACCAUGUCGACAUGCCGUCAUUUGUUCUGAUUGUUUUAAAUCAUUAUAUAAAUCAGCAAUGUUUUCAGUAAAUCAUCAUUUAAUUGGAUAUAUUACUUGUCCAAUAUGUCGUACACCUAUAAAUUCAACCUUAUUAUUACCUAGAAUCAAUUAUAAUGAUGAAUUAGAUAGUGAAGUUACUAAUGUCAUGAAUGGUGAUAUUAUAACUAAUAUUACAGAGAUCUCUAUGUAA